AUGGAGGAGAGUCCUAUUCAAGAGCAAGAAGAUGCUCUCAUGGUUUCCCCAACUGGCGGAGGUGACCCAUUUCACAAAAAAGCCUUCUUUCUGAAACCCAUUGUCCCUAUUUCCGCCAUUGAUCAUGAACCUCCUUUGACGCUCACUCAGUGCCCUUUUCGAUUUGACCCAAAAAAGUGGCCUCUGGAGGUUGAAUUCCACGGUUGGCGACAAGGUCAAGAAGAUUCGAAUUGGAAUUCUUGGGUUGAUCGCUUGGCUCCUCUUCACCAAUCCACUUGGAAAAGAGCUGGUAUUUAUGAUGCAAUCUUUAGUUCUAAGUACCAAAUUAGAAGAAAGACUGAUUUGGUUUACGGGGUUGCGGAGAAAUGGUGUUGUGAGACCAAUACCUUCCUUUUCCCAUGGGUUGAAGCAUCAAUUACAUUGGAGGAUGUCAUGGUUUUGGGAGGCUUUUCAGUUUCAGGGGACUCUGUUUUCAGUUCACUUGAGAGCAUUGAACUGAAACAAGUGGAAGAUAGAUUGGUGAAGGCAAGGAAAGAAGUUAAGAGAGCAAGGGCAAGCCAAUGGCUGCAGAAGUUUGUGAACAGUGGGAGUGAAUUGGAGCAUGAAGCAUUUCUUGCCUUUUGGUUGUCAAGGUAUGUCUUUCAUGAUCUUGAUAGGUCUAUACAAAAGCGUGCUUUUCCCAUUGCGAUUCAUUUAGCUAGGGGGACUCGGAUUGCGCUGGCACAGUCUGUUCUUGCUGAUAUUUAUAAUGAUUUGAGUUUGUUGAAAAAGGCAAUUGUAGCUUCAAAUAAGUUAAAGACUAGUGAUUGUGUCUUGAAGGUCAAACUCAAGUCACCAUUUCAUUUAGUCCAGGUUUGGGCAUGGGAAAGAUUUUUGAAGCUUACGCCAAUACCCAAUGUUAUCAAAUAUGCUGAGCUGAGAUUGGCUCGAUGGGAUAAAGUACAUGGUCUGAGUAUUGAAAAUCUAAGAAGUGUUUUAGACUCAGCUGGAGAAGCUUUUAUGUGGCGCCCUUAUGCAAUGUCCAUUGAGAACUGGAAUUUUCCUAAAUACUACUCGGAAAAGGAAAUGUGGAUCGGUCCUGGUUUGGAUGAUGAGUUUCUGCCAUUUUCCAUAUGCUUGAGGGUGACAGAGUUAGUUGGAUUCGAUAAUAGAAAACAAAACCUUCCACAUAGAGUAGCUAUGCAAUUCGGAUAUGAUCAAGAUGUUCCAUGUAAGAUUGCUGAAUCCAAAGUAUCCAGGAAGUGUUGCAAUGAAAAAACUGAGAUUGUAGGAUUCUACAUUCCAUCCAGACUUUCUAAGCUGAAUGUUACUGCAAGAUACUUGAAGUGGUGGAAUGAAUCAGUGUCAGGUCUCAAAGACACAAGUGAGGGUGCUUUGCCACAAAAGAAGAAACCAAAGAUGGAAGGAUCACUUGUAAGGGCUAAACAAUCCCCAGUACCUCCUGGGGGGUGCUAUGUUAUCAUGGUAUCAGAGCUUCGGCUCUUGAUCCUGAUCCUAUCCUAG